UCCCGCUCUCACGCUCCGCUCUACUACUCUUUAUAUUAUCAACAAUACUCUCCUCCCUCACCUCCUACCAACACCCUUCUCUCUCUACGCAGCUCUUACGACCGCCAUUGGAGGUCUCGGAGCUCCCGAUACCGUUGUUCAAUGAAUAAAAUUCAAGUUUGAAACCAUGCAUUCCUCUUAUACAAGGCAUGCAAAUAUGAAUAAGGAAAAUGCUACUGCUAAAGCGGAGGAACCAACUGCAAGAAUGACCCGAGCACGUGCCAAAGCCCUGGGAAAAUCGGUGGGGAUUCAUCCUCCCUCCAAACCAUCCUUUAAACAAGAGCAAAAGCGUGUUAUUAGGGUGAAUUCCAAGAGGCCAGCAUCAGAUGAGAACAAAACCUCUGCAGCUGCUGCCCGUGGCCUUCAGCGUAAGAGACGAGCAGUUCUUAAAGAUAUAACUAAUUCUCCUGAUGAAAGUUUAUACAUCAAUUGCCAUGCUGAGGCUAACAUUCAGUCUAGCGAGCAAGGAAGAAGAGAGCCUAUGGAGAAAGAUGUUUCCAUGGGAAUUCUAUUGGAUGAAGAAGGUGUUAAAACAAAAUUAGCUGAAGACUUGUCAAAAAUAAGGAUGGUGGAACCACAAGAAGUAGCUAUCCCAGCACAUCUGGAAGAAAGAGAAAUUACAGACUGUAGCAUGCAUCAUGUUAGAAGAAAAUGUGAUGUAGCCGAUAAAUCUGCACCACAUACUCGUUUGAAACAUCUUUGUCUCAAGAGCCUUCUAAAGAAAGAAGAAAGUAAGGUUUCCGACAAACUGGGAAUCUUGGGUGAUCCAGGAGUCUUAGAUAUCGAUUCGAACCUUAAAGAUCCUCUAGCGUGUAGCUUGUAUGCCCCUGAUAUAUAUGAUAACAUUCGUGUAACAGAGCUUGAUCAACGGCCUUCAACUAAUUAUAUGGAGAAGUUGCAGCGAGAUAUUACUCCAAACAUGCGUGGAAUUCUGAUUGAUUGGCUUGUGGAGGUGUCUGAAGAGUAUAGGCUGGUACCCGACACACUUCACCUCACAGUGAAUCUCAUCGAUAGGUUUCUUUCCCAAAAUUAUAUUGAAAAGCAUAGGCUCCAGCUACUUGGUGUUACUUGCAUGCUGAUAGCCUCAAAGUACGAAGAGAUCUGUGCACCUCGAGUGGAAGAAUUUUGCUUCAUCACAGACAAUACUUACACAAGAGGAGAGGUCCUAAAAAUGGAGAAUCAAGUUCUGAAUUUCUUACGCUUCCAGUUAUCUGUUCCGACCACAAAAACAUUUCUCAGGAGAUUCAUUCAAGCUGCACAAGCAUCUUGCAAGGCUCCUUGCGUGGAGUUGGAGUUCUUGGCAAAUUAUUUAGCAGAAUUGACUCUUGUCGAGUAUAGUUUCCUGAAGUUCUUACCUUCGACCGUUGCUGCAUCUGCUGUGUUCUUAGCCAGAUGGACGCUUGAUCAGUCCGACCAUCCAUGGAAUGUUACUCUAGAACACUAUACUAGUUACAAAGCAUCGGAGCUGAAAACUACAGUACUUGCACUUGAAGAUCUGCAACUGAACACUAGUGGUUGCUCUUUGCAUGCUAUACGUGAGAAAUACAGACAAGAGAAGUUCAAGAAUGUGGCAACUUUGAUGUCCCCAGAACGAGUUCUUUCACUCUUUUCAAAGACGAACUGAAGCUGGUUAAUCUUUAAUGGAUAAUUACAGCAAUCAAUCAAUCUCGGUAUAUCUUUUUCAUGAGGACAAUCCUCGUUUUUGUCCGCCGAAUUUCUCCUUUGGUAUUUAAGGUCUAAUUUGUCUUCUUUCUUUCUUUUCUUUUUUCUUUCUCGUAAAUUUGCCUGUAGUUGUUGUAACAUCUUAAUCCUGCUUGGUGCUUCCAGGCCGAUUUGAUUGUAAUCUGUAAUUGGUAGGGUUUGACACACCUAGAAAGUUGAUCUUUAAGACUCAUUAGAAUAAUUUUUCUCAAGGUUUUCUUUCUAAAAAACCAACUGAUAACUGAAAAAAACAAAAGAAAGCAACUUGAUUUCUUCCAAUUUUUUA